AUUUGUGUCAAUCAAGGUGAGGUGUUAGAUCAUCACAGAAAUAACAUUGCUGAUGCUUUCCCCCUGGGUUUAUUGCGUUUAUAGCGAAAUGAUCUCCUGAACUGUUCAACAUGACAAAUUGUUUCGUUAUCACAGGUGCUGCUGACAAGACUGCCUCGGAUGAAUCUUUGCGGCGGAGGAAAGAACAGCUACAUAAAAUGGCCAACAUGAUGAACACAACGUUAUAUGACGCCUUCACAAAAUACGAUAAAGAGAUAGAAGUCUUGAAAAACGAGGUAAAAAAUGUUAGGAGGGUCUCGGAUCACACAGGCGAGAAACUGCAAGCGUCUAAGGAUACCAUCGGGGAGACGAAACAGACACUUGCAGACAUCCAGGAGAGGAUCUAUGCGGCAUUGGCAAAGCAGUCCGAAAGACUCAGCUUCAGGGAGCGCUGGGAGUGGAGGGCUGAAAACAGAGACAAUGACCAAGUACACGUGGAAAUGGAAAAUGAAAAUGAAAAGAAACGCGUUCAAAAUGGCCUGAAUCACACUCGUCAAGGCUUUGCCUGUUAA